CGCUCCAUUCUCCAGGUGCGCCAACAGUCGCAGGUGGUGUUUUCCGUGUUAAAUAACUGCACCAAGCUUCCGGCGUGCAAUAUGGCGACAGUCCCUUUCCGGUUUAUCGUUGAACGUGUAGCACGACACGAUGAAGGCGAAGGGUGAACUGAAGGAAUUCGAGGUGAUUGGGCGCAAGCUCCCUACCGAGAAGGAGAAGACCACGCCACUGUAUAAAAUGAGGAUAUUCGCACCGGACGCUAUAGUAGCCAAGUCUAGAUUUUGGUAUUUCUUACGUCAGCUGAAAAAGUUCAAGAAGUCCACUGGAGAGAUCGUGUCGCUUAAGCAGAUUCCUGAGAAGACUCCGAUGAAAAUCAAGAACUUUGGGAUCUGGCUAAGGUACGAUUCCCGAUCUGGUACACACAAUAUGUACAGAGAGUACAGGGACCUCUCUGUUAGCGGGGCGGUGACACAGUGCUACCGCGAUAUGGGCGCCCGUCAUCGUGCACGCGCUCACUCCAUACAGAUAAUCAAGGUGGAGGUCGUGAAAGCUUUGAAUUGCCGCAGACCCCAGGUGAAGCAGUUCCACGAUUCCAAGAUAAAGUUCCCAUUGCCCAAGCGAAUCCAUAACAGAAAUCGCAUGCCGUUAUUCAGCGUCCGGAAGCCACGCACAUACUUCCUCUAAACGACACGGUGUUCUUGUACUGCGACGCUAUACUAAAAUUCUGCAGAAAAUAAAGGGACUUUCAAUAUAA